AUGGGUUGUACGCAAUCUGUUACAUACACGAAAUCAACGUAUCCAAACGCUAAAAGAACCAAGCCUCAGUCUGAAGUGACACUUGCUCAACAGACAGGUCUUAAGGAAGAAGAAAAACGGAUCGUAAAAUCAACAUGGAAAUAUAUGACGAAAGAUCUAUCCACAAAUGGCCUUCAAGUGUUUCUUAAGAUAUUUGAACUUUGUCCAGAAGCAAAGAAACUAUUUCAAGUGGAAAAUGUUCGACAUUCGGAACUAGCCAGGAACCAGGUGAUCAGGGCUCAUGGUACGCAAUUUAUGAAUGCAAUAGGAGCAGCUGUAGACUGUCUUAAUGAAGAAGAGGACGAAUACGAGAAUCUAGAUAAUGUUUUAUUUGUUCUCGGCCAGCAGCAUAAAGGAUCUUCCGGGUUUAAACCGGAAUAUUUUGAAGUAUUUUACGAAGCGCUCAUGUGGCGUUGGGGGUUAUGUAUAGGAGAUAAGUUUACAUCGGAAGUGGCAGACACUUGGAGUCAUGUGUUUUUGUACAUGUUAGAAAAACUCAAAGAAGGCUUUUUAUCAAAGGAAACAUAG